AUGCCCGAGUCACUUUCCGUUUGUUUUUUUGUCAACUCGGGAUCUGAGGCCAAUGAUCUAGCCUUAAGAUUAGCUCAAGUUCAUACUAAGAAGAAAGAUGUCAUCACACUCGACCAUGCAUAUCAUGGACACCUUACGUCUAUGAUUGAUGUAUCUCCAUACAAACUAAACCUACCCGGAGGGCCAGACAAGCCAGAUUGGGUUCAUGUGGCACCGGUUCCAGAUGUAUAUCGAGGUAAAUAUACGUAUCCAAAAGAUUCUUCAUCAGAAGAGGAGCUAGGAAGUAUGUAUGCAGAAGAAGUUGGCAUCAUUUGUGAAAGAGUUAAGAGAGAAAAAGGCGGUGUUUGCGCUUUUAUAGCAGAGAGCCUUCAGAGCUGUGGAGGUCAAAUUAUUCCUCCGAAAGGCUAUUUUAAGCGUGUGUACGAAUAUGUGAGAGAGGCGAAUGGGUUGUGUAUUGCUGAUGAAGUGCAAGUUGGUUUCGGCCGAGUGGGCUCCCACAUGUGGGCCUUUGAAGCACAAGACGUCGCGCCGGACAUUGUCACGAUGGGCAAGCCGAUGGGCAACGGCCAUCCGGUCGCUGCCGUCGUCACUACUCAAGAGAUCGCAAAAAGUUUUGCCGACACUGGUGUGGAGUAUUUUAAUACGUAUGGUGGUAAUCCAGUAUCCUGCGCUAUCGCAAACGCCGUUCUAGACGUAAUAGAAGAGGAAGGUCUCGUGGAGCGCGCGCGUAGAGUCGGCCGUUAUCUUCUCACGCGAUGCGAAGGUUUGAAACGUAAACAUGAGCUUGUCGGUGACGCGCGCGGGAAGGGACUUUUUGUUGGAGUGGAACUGGUAACUGACAGGGAGACCAGGACACCGGCUACGGCUGAGGCCGAACAUAUCGUAAAUAGGAUGAGAGAAGAAAAAAUUUUGAUCAGCCGAGAUGGACCAGACAAUAAUGUGUUGAAAUUUAAGCCUCCCAUGGUUUUUACUUCCACAGAUGUAGACAGAUUAGUGGACACUCUUGACAGAAUUCUGUAUGAACUGGAUGAGAGUACUAAACCAGUGAAUGUUAAGUUAGAGGUCUUGGUAACCCCUAUCAGUGAUGGAGUGCAAAGCAAUGACUUAAAAUUGAAAAACAGCAUACAACAACAUAUAAAGUCUGUG